AUGUCGUCAUAAAUCGUCUAAGAGCAGUGAUCGACUGCGGCGCGACGAAAGAGAAUCCAGUAUGGAAGAUAGGGAGAGAGUUGGAAAGUAGGCCUCACUGGCUCAGUCAGUGCUAGACUGUGACUCGGACCGUUUGGACGUCAACAUGAUUAUCCCGCUCUGCCUGUUGGUCAUUAUUGGCCUGGGCCACUGCCAGGAUGAGCUACCAUCACGUACGCAGAUUGAGACGUCGAUCAAUCGAACGAUCGACGAAGUGGAGCGAAUGAUUCGCGAGGAUCCCAGACUACCGCGGCUUUCACGGUCGGAAAUAGUCGACAUCUUGUUCAACAUAACGUCGAAGGACGUGAUCGAUUCGAAAGCGGAUAAGGAGAGCAUCGACAAGGCGAGGAUGGAGUACCAGAGAGCGCUGAUGGUCGUGCUGCCGUACAGUCCGAAUGCCACGCAGGAAAACCUAAAGGAUCUGUACACGAAGCCGCCGAUGGUCCAAAUGGUUUCUGAUACAAGUGACUCGGCCAACUACGAGAUGAGUUAUGACGAGGGUGAAAUGGAAGGGGGAAUAAUCUACACGGAGAAAUCGGGAGAGCCGAGCUUCGCGCUUGACACUCCCUUGGACAACCACGUGGCGUCGGACAACCCUGUUGAGCUGAAGGAUGAAAUCGAGGAGUCCACUGGCUCCUACGAGAAUCAUAGAGAUACGUAUUCCGAAGUGCUGGACCCGAUCGAUUUCAAGACACUUUCAACAGUUAGUAACUUCAGACCGAUAUACGACGGCAAACCGAGAGUCGUUCACGUCGAAUCGCCCGAACGGUUCAGUUUCAACUUGAACAAUUUACAAACCACCCCAAGAAGCUCUUUCGAUUCGACCGACUCCAUUGUCUAUGGACAGGCUCCGGAACAGUUCGAGGACUCCCUUUCGACGGAUUCGAAACUCGAGAUCGUCUAUAGCACUACCGUGAACACUAGGAAACCCCCGACGACGAAAUUCACCGAUGAAGUUCGCCAGGAGCUCAGUACCGAGUCCACUACAAUGUCUUCGGAAACUACCAGUCACCAUGUCCUGGCUUCAGACCAAUGGCACUACAAUGCUCCUCCAGCCGCAGUGGAACCCGUGAAACAGUAUCCCGAGUACAAGUUUCCCGUUCAAAAAGUAUCUUUGGAAAGUGUAAUUUCUGAAGCUUCCAGUACCACGACGAGAAUGCCCGAAAUGACGAUAAAUAUCCAAGGACAGAAUAGCGAGAAGAAACAUGGCUUCCAAAUGGAGAACAUGAGUCCAAUGUUCGUUAAUUCCAUGUCGACUAGCACGACUAGUCCGGUAAAAACGAAAUUCAGCUCGACAUAUGUAGCUAAUUCUGCUGGAGUUCCCAAGGUCAGUCCUACCAUGCCCCCCAUGAGGUCAGAAAUAAAGGAUCUUCUCGCGUCCAUCGGUCUUUCAGAGAGUAAUCCAGAUCAGCAACCGAACGUUGGAAGUACCGUGCAAUUUUCUGGUUCGAAUAACCUGGUCCCUCAGCAAAUAUCCGGCCUGGAAGUCCCGGGAACAAAUUCUCCGUCAAUUUUGAAUCAGAAUACGUUCGGAAGUUCCAACUACGACUACAAGAAGGGAACGCAAAACCUCACCCCUGAUAUGAGACUUCUCCUUCAGACCUUUGGCCUACAGACUUCCAAGAACUCAGAGACACCUUCCACUACUACGAAGAAGCCGACUCCUGUUAUUGUCAACCUGAACUCUUAUUCUAACUUCAGGCCACUGCCAACGAUGAACGUGAAAGACCAGGAUAUGCGAGAUUUCUUGGCCAAAUUUGGCUUGGGCGAUGGUGACAACCAGAAAACUCGGGGUCACAAGUCGGUAAAGACGAGGAAAAGCGCGGAGGCCAGUCCGCCGUCACUGAUAGAGGCUGUGCCGGACAACAUGAGGAAGAUCUUAGAGAACAUCGGACUGAUCACCAGGUCGGAAAAGUCUUAUCAAUACAAUGAGACGGUCAGUUCACAUUCAUCGAGCCUGCCCGGCACGCCGAAACUGCAUGUCUUCAAGCCCCACGAAACGCCGGGUCAUACUCAGGAGCAGAAGGAGAAGAUCAACAAGCUGUUGGAUACCGUAAGGAAAGUCCAGUCGGGCUCAGCGAAUUCGCAGGAAGUUCAGGUCGCUGCUAAGGAUCUUUUGGAGACGACGAAGACCCUGCAGAACGGUCCGGAUCCGCUUAGCCUUGAGGAAAUCCUGAACAUUUACAACGAGGGGAUCAAGAACGAGGUCAAGAGACAGGAGGACGCGACGACACCUGCGACCGACGGCGGAGCGGACAAUGCGACACUGUUGUCAACUGAAACGACAACAUCACCCACUGCAGAAACCACAUCUUCAACGACUGCGCCGACUUUACCAGACCUCUCGAUAGCUUCUGGAGCAUCGAACAUUGCCGACUUGGCAGACUCGUUCGGUGGAAGUACGAGGGCACCGGAUCCUGUCUUACCGAUGCAGAGGAAAACUGGUCUUUAUUUCCUCGUCGACUGGAACACCUUCUUAGAGGUCGGUGAGGAGGGGUCUGCUGACAAGGUCAAUUUAAGGUUCCAGCCCAAAGUGGGCGACAGGACAAGAUUUAUACCGGUUACCGUGCCGUGAAAUCACUGCUUUUUGCAUUCGCCCUCGUGACGCAGGGCUAAAAUUUGGAGAAUAGAGCGCCUGUAAAUAAUCCUGAACGUUCGUUCACCUAAUCUGUUUAAAUAUGUUUAUAUUUUUUUUUUAUUUCUUUUCGUUUAUUGCUCACGGAAGAAUCUAUGUAUUUAUUUUCGUUCACUUCACAAUUCUUGCAAUUGAUGAAUUGAGGCAAAAAGUAGAUUUUAUCAAGGUGUAAUCGUUUUUUGAAAAGCACAACUCUUUGAAUCGAUCAAAAAACAUUGGGGUAUCGUGUUUUCUGAGAUUAAUUUUAUUUCGAUGAUCAUCGUCAUUCAGCACCUCAUGAUCAUUAUACCUAUGUAGAAUUUCAUGGAUAACAAUUUUUCACCAAAGCGACUGGAUACAGUAAGAUUCCAAAUUGAUUGGUGGUGCACAUGUAAUAAAAUUUAAUAACAUUUUUUCUUCAAAUGUUCGAUUGACUAUUAUCAGUAUAAAAUUUUUUGAAUUAAAUUGGAAUACUUUUGUUGAUAAAUUUUCAUUGGAAUUUUGAGAAGCUAGAGAUAUAUUUUCUGGUGAAUUGAUGACCCAUGGAAUUGAGGAUGUAUGGAUCACACAUUCCAAUGAAAAAAUUUGUUGCAUUGAAAAAUUAUUGAACGGUAUUGAUUUUGACGGUAUUGAAUUUGACGGUAUGAAACUCAAGUUAGUUGUCUGAAUCUGUUCUCAUUUUAAAAAACCUUGAGAAUCGUAAUAUUGUUUGAAUUUUUUGAUGCCGAAAUCGUAUUGUUUGCCCAAUUUCUGUGGAUCGGGGUCCAUCUUGCUUGUGAAUAAAUUGUAAGCUAUAAAUCACCUUGAAUAAAUUCCGAGCAACGCUAAUUUGUUUAGAAGCAAGGCAUGAGAUUAUUGAAUAAAACCUCAAAUAAUUUUUAUGAUGAACUGAUUAGAAUUUCAGAAAUACAUUAAUCUCCAGCAACUUAUAUCCGAUCUAUCGAAAUUGGACAAACAAUACGAUAUUGGCGUUCAAAAAAUAUAAUAAUAAUAGAAUUUCUUUUCACAAUUCUUAAUGACUGAGCUUUCUUUGUCUGAAUUUAAGGUUCUCAAUUUUUUUAAAUAUAUUACGAAGACAUUCCUUCAAUUGGCUCUAUUUUCAUCGAUUAACUUAAGUUUCACUUUUCCAACGUUGAGUGUAGUAUUUUAUUAUAUUUCGAUUAUUCUCUGGAAUCAGAUUAAGGAUCAUUUUCAAUCUUACGAUAUCCAACUUAUUUUGCACAAGGAAGAUUAUAUUUUCAUUUCAAUGCAAGCAUCGUACACAAUUUCACCAAAUUUGUAUGCUCGUCUCCCUGAAACACGAACGAAGGAUAAUACAAAUUUCAGCUGUUUCAUAAUAUUAAACGUUUCUAAAAAUUUACAUUCAAUGUGUAACGAGUUAUGGGUUUACAAUCAAACAUAUUUUUCAUAUUAUACGUCUAAUUAUCUUAAUAAUUUAUGUAAGUUAUUUAAUUACAUAGUUUUGUAUAUCACGUGGUAUG